AUGCUUUCUUCUGGGAGCAAUCAGGACGCUGGCGAAAAUACUACUGCCUCCUCCUUAUUAUCCGAAGUCCCUGAAUCAGACGAUCCCUUGAAUGCACUGAGAUCAACGAAACGGGGGCUAUCAAUACAGGCGGAUAACGCGCUGCAAGAUAACUAUCGAAUCCAUGUCAAAGCCGACGUGUACUCUUGCAUGGAGAUAAAGGAUAUGCUGGAGUCCUUGAAUUGUGAUGUGAUGCAGCUGGCGGCUUUGAUGUCGGACAAGUUACGGUUCAAGCAUUUAUAUGCAAAGACAUUGGAUGAGUUGAGGAAAUUACAUGAUGCGGCGGAGAAUGUGCAACGUAUUCUGGGUCGACGCGUUACCGAGCUUCUCAUGCGUAAUAUCACCAAUGGCAUGCAGAGUAUCGUUGUCCAGACAGUUAUCCAUGCUGUCCUGGCCAAGACAUGUCAUAGGCUCAUUCAGCGCUGGUGUAUGUCUAACGAGGAACACAAUGUUUUUGCCUUAUCUUACAAGAAAUUUCGAGCAACAAAUUCUCUCGAGAUGGCAGCUCAGUGGCGAGCCAAGACAAGGGAGAUGACCAAAUAUGGUCCCCAGUCUGAUUCUACCCGAAAAUUUGCUCUUCGAGAGUUCAUAGAAAAUCUUCUGGAUGUUCUCCACAUCGCAGGAUGGAAAAAUUCUGCACCCAAGGAAUGCAUCGAGAAGCUGUUUGGUGAUCGUAUCAGAGAGCUUGUCGAGCUCACCAUCCGGGUCGAUAGAGCAAUUAUGGAGGGCGCCAUGUCUCAGGAUUUACACAUCUUCAUGCCAGCCCAUGACAGCAUAUACGAUCCAAUCACGAUGGUCGACAUCCAUAAAGAUCCAAAUGCCAUCAUGCCAUCUGAUAGAAACUCAGACUUAGUGGAGACGUGUAUCAGUAUCGGGCUGAAACUGCAGGAGAAACACUUGGAAAAAGGUCAAGCUAAUGACACGGAGACUGCCGUUUCGAGGAUAAAGGUCUUAUUGAAGGCGAAAGUGGUUCUCAAUAUGGUUCUGGGUAUUUGA